AAGUACCGCUGCUGCGUUAUGCGUCGUCGUCGACGAUGGAUGCUGCCGCGGUGGGUGCUGCUGCUGCUGCGGCCGCCUUGCUCAACGUGUCCUUUCCCAGCGAUGCCAGAUUACUCUAGCAAUGCCGCAGUGAUGAACGCCGCCAUUGCAGCAGCCCACUGCUGCGGCGUCUGCUGCUGUGGCGUCGGCGACCGCACCGUCAACAACAACAUCGUCGUCUGUGCUGCCGCGGGAGAAUGCCGCUGCUGGGCUUGCGCAAACACAUACAUACUUGAACGAGUAUCAGCUGAUGCAACUCCAACUCCAACAGCAGCUGCAGUACCAACAACAGCAACACCACCACCCGUCGCACCCGUCGCACCCGUCGCAUCAGCAGACACAUCAGGAAGCGGUCAUUGCAGCUCUGCAGGACCGCUACCAACGGCAGCUGCUUCUUGUUCAACAGCAACAGCAGGCAUCUUCGGAAAGCGGCGAACGGUUGUCUCGGAUGAGCUCUGAGGAUGCUCCAACGCACAUGAUGGACACGUCGAGCGAUGCAGCGGCGCACUCUGACUAUCAGGCACUGUCGUAUGCGCAGCAACAACUACAGCAACAGCAACACCAGCAUAAACAGCAGCUGUUGAUGCAGCAAGCGCAACAGCAGCUGCCACGCAUGUACAUUGACGAUCCGGUGCUCGAUCCGAACGCGCUGGCAGAGGCAAACCGGAACGCCAUUGCACCACCAAGCCUGGCAAUUUCACAGCUGGCGUCGGAAUCUCAAGAUGCCCUGAUUGAGAUGCUGAGCAACCUGCUCGACCAGCUCAUCUCCCGGAACGACCCGUUGCCCGUGGCCAAGCUGACCCAUUUCCACGCAAAGUCGCCGCCGCAAAUCAAUAUUCAGUUGUAUUUGCAGCGCUUUGCCAAGUACGCUCCGGUGGGCAACGAAUGCUUUGUCCUCUUGCUCGUCUAUCUCGACCGGCUGGUGCAACGCACCGGCUCCAUUAUUACCUCGCUCAACAUCCACCGCUUGCUCCUCACGGCCAUACUCAUUGCGUCCAAAUUCUGCCAGGACAAGUACUACACCAACCGGCACUUUUCCAAGGUCGGCGGCCUGCCUCUCAACGAGCUGAACAUGCUGGAGCUCGAGUUUCUAACUCACCUCGAUUUCGACCUCAACACGUCGCUGGACUGGCUGGAAAAGUACUAUGUUCAACUGCGCACACACUUUCAACGCAAGCACGGGGCACCCAGUCAAACUUUACCGCCAGCAGCAGCUGCUGCUGCAUCGGCUGCCUACUCGACAAAUGGACAGUAUCCGACCGGCAAUGCAACGAUUGAGGCUUCUGCCGCCGCUCCAUGAGAUGACAGCCUCGGGUGCGGAAAUGUACAGGCGAUGUGGUUUUGCUUGUUUUUGAAACCGUGUCCAACAGCAUUCCGCGACUCUGGUGCUCACGUUGAACUUUUUCCCAGUUAAUUAUUUAUCGUCCCUUGAUGUUUGCGAGGUCUCGAGUUGUUGUGUACCAUAAAGCCAAUUUCACUCUUCG